UACUACAAGGAGAGCUUUUUUGCUCCUCACUGCAACAUCUUCUCUCCGUCUUUUCCUCGUUCUUUUGAUGCUUCUGCUGCUUCUGAUUUCUUCGAGCUUGAAAAUUCGGGCAGAGUGAAAGCACUCGAUCUUCGCAAGGGAGAGGGAGAGGUUCCUGUCAUUGGUGACCAGGUUGCAAUUCAUUACUAUGGAAGGCUGGCAGCAAAACAAGGGUGGCGCUUUGAUUCAACAUACGAUCACAAAGACGAAAUGGGCGACACAGUUCCUUUCAUAUUUGUUGUUGGAUCGGGCAAAGUUAUCUCAGGCAUUGAAGCGGCUGUAAAGUCAAUGAAAGUUGGAGGCAUUCGUCGGGUCAUUAUCCCACCAUCCCAAGGAUAUCAAAACACAUCACAAGAACCUAUACCACCCAAUUUCUUCGACAGGCAGAGGCUGUUUACCACUAUUUUCAAUCCAACCCGUCUCACCAAUGGAGAAGGCUCUACAUUAGGCACUCUUAUAUUUGACAUUGAAUUGGUUAGUGUAAGGCAUCCAAAUAUUUUGCCUUAAGCACUUUGCAUUUGAAAGCGAAUCGGUAGGCAUUAUUCUUCUGUAAAUUUGGUCUCCCAGUUUCCAAAAUCAAAAUGUUGUUGUUGAAAGAUGAAAGUGCAAUUAUUAGGUCACAAUGUAGUGUUCCUCAUUGCACCACAAAGAAAUGGUGUUUCUUCUUUCAAUUAUUUUGGGGUUGAGUAGGUCAUGAAGAACAGAUCGCUGGUGGACGUUUAUGUUGGGAUGGCAAGGUUUGGCCUUUCUUGACUAAUGGAUAUUCUGGAAGAUGUUUCUUCUUGCCAUCUUAUGGUGACUGCAGGAGGUGAGAAAUUGAAGAAUAUUUGAUGGCAAAGUAUUCUCAAUUAAGUAAUUAAGAAGAGCUUAUAUUUGAUUGUGGAA